AUGAGACCACCACCAGUAGUAACUGGCAUCUCACCUGCUGAAGGUCCUCCUGGGACAAAAGUGAUUAUACGUGGGGAGAACCUCGGAAUCAACGCCAAAGAUGUGACAGGUAUGAACAGCUGAAUUGUCAGAAUUGGAACAUGUUCUUUUCCACCUAAUACCUCCUUGAACUCGUUUACUUGUUACAAACAUAAUGCCAGUAGGUAAUCCACAGAAUAAGGGACCUCUUUUUUACGCAUCGAAUUCAUGAAGUUAACCACAACACCAGCAAUAGACUGGAUUCUCAUAUAAGAUAAAAAUGCCCACAUAAAUAUCCUUUUACCUAUAAGAUAACCAAUAGGAACGAUAAGCGUAUGGUGACUCCAAAAAAAAACCCCGCAAAACACUUUGUUAUGGCACUGAUUAAAAGAGAAAUUCUUACCAGUGACAAAGUCUUGUACAAUAUUGUUUUUGCGAGUUUUUUUUGGAGUCACCAUAUAAACUCAGUUACCACCAGAGCGAUAAGACUCUUGGCUUACUGCGCUGUAACCUGAAUUCCUGUUCACCCUAUAUCAAGAAUGUUGCCUAUAAGCCCCUGCUAAGACCGCAGCUUGAAUACUGUAGCCAGAUUUGAGAUCCUUACGAGAAGGGUGACAUCUUAUCACCUGAGAAGGUACAAAGAUGAGCAGCUUGCUUUGCUAGUGGAGACUACCAUAAAGAGUCAAGCGUAACCAAUAUGAUUUGUAACAUCAGUUGGCAGGUUGGCAGUCACUUGAAGAGCAUAGGGGGACAGCCUGCCUGAUGCUUAUGUACAAAAUUGUUCAUGCUGUUGUCAAUAUCUCCACCUCACGCCUCCUGCCAAGUGGUCGCCAAUCAUAUUUAUCGAACCCUUGACCUUUGCAAUGUUAGCGCAGUGCUCUAACAGCUGGGACCAGGUCAAAGGUUUAAUUCCCAUACCAGCCUAAAUUUUUCAGGAUUUCUUUUCGUGACUACAAAAGCUGCAUCUAUUAUUAAACCUUACUGCAAUGAUCUUCUUUCAUGACUACCUUGGGGACAGAGAUCAGAUGGGUGCCUUGCGGAGAGGAUAAACAAGUGUAUAAUGCAUUCCUCAAAUAAAUGGCCAUCUUGGAGGGGUAGACAAUACAAGAGGUUUAGAGUACACUUAUUUGAAUACUUUUAAUAUUUAUAGGACUGUCAAUUUGUGGUGCAAACUGCCUACUUUCUGCGGAUUAUAAGUCAGCUGGUAAAAUCAUAGCACGAACUGGUCAGGCCAAGCCAGGCAAAGGAGAUGUUAUUGUGACAACACGGUCUGGGGGUGUAGGAACCUCAACUGUGCAGUUUAAAAGUGUUAUAGUAGUGCCAGGUAGGUUGAAUAAAAAUAUGUGUGCACUUCUUUCAGGGCUUUUUUCAGCAGAUUGCAUAAUCCACAGGGACGGAUCUAGGGGGAGGGUGCAGGGGGUGCGCAUCCCCCCCUGAGAUGACCUGCAGUUUUCUAAUACAACUGGUAUUCUGCAAAAAAAAAAACUAUUUGGUUCAUUGGUGUUGAAGUAGAGCAAGAGACGAGUGCACCCCCUCCUAAAAAAAAUCCUGGAUCUGCCCCUGAUCCAUGAGAAAUCUCAUGGAUUUCAAACAAAAUUUUGUUAUAACUUAGAAUAUAAUUUGAUAUGUUUUCAGUUGACUGUAUACAUGUUGAUAUAUACAUGUUGAUUUAAACUUGCUGUCUGCAGAUCCAUUGAAAGAAAGUGCUGUUUGGUUAGAUGAGGUUGAUCCAGAAGAGCUAAGGGCAAGAUCUGGUUCAGCAAGACCAGUAUCACCUCAGAUAAACGCAAGCCAGGAUCCUCUAGGAACAGGAACUGAUGUUUUUGGGUCAGUUCAUUCAAACAGCCACUGUAGCCAUUUAUUUUUUUGUAUCUCAAUACCUUUUUCUGACCCUGGUGUUGGUCAGUGGCUUCCCCCCUAAAUAUUGCUUGUUCUUGCAGUCAGCUACCCACCCUGUUUUGCAGGCCUUUGGUUCACAGGCUCAUUCAAGCUGACAAAAUUUACCGCUAUACACAAGAAAAGCAAGUUUUAAAGCUACUAACACAUGUAACUGUAUUUAUGAGUAAAAUUUUAAUAUAACUGCUCAUAUUGUGAUGUUUAAGUCAUGUAAUUGACAUUGUCUGAUAGAAAUGAAAUCAAUGUGUAACCACAGGAAAGAGUAAAGAGGUCCACCAGUGCACAACUUAAAUUUAACUUAACUUUCUAAAAUUCCUUGAUCAGCCCCUGUAAUAAUAAUGUUCAGCAUGUCCUAGACCCGCUAAGCCUGCGAGCAAGCUCUCUGGGGCACUCUGGCGGUGGGGUGGGAAAAGGAAGGAGAGCUUGCAACUACUUCUCUGGAAUUGGAAUACCUGUAUAGAAAAAGUUGAUGUGAAAUGCUGAUUGGUGGAGAUGACAUUAGUAAUGAUGUCAUUACCUUUGGCUUGUGCUUUCACAUGUUUUUCAAUGUUUGUUUACUUUCGUGCUGGCGAAAAUCUCACCACUCAGUCGACGGGAAGCUAUAAGGGAAUUGUACGGGGAAUUCAAAUUUCCAAAGAUGUAAUUGCAAGCUCUCCUUCCCUUUCCCACCGUGCUGCCACAUCACCCCAGAGAGCUAGCUCUCUGGCUAAGACCUGCACUGAGUAACAUAUCUUAUGUAUAAUAUGUUUACUCUUUGUUUACUAUUUAGUUAUAAGCUUACAGAAGAGCAGCUGGAAGAUUUUUAUCCUGAAGGUAAGAUUAUGUUUAGCAUUAUUGCUUACAUGUAAUAAUGGGCAUUAAAAGUAGAACCAUAACCAUCUUUAUUACGAAAGUGAUCUUUUGUUGUCAUGGAAAUGUGGUUUUGAAAAGGCAGUGAGGAGUGUGUAUUAAGUACGUGUGAUAUAAUUAAAGUCUGUAAUAUUUUAUGUAGUCAUUAUAAUGAAGUUAAAAGGUACUUAUAUAUUGGGUAAUUCAUAAACCAUGUUUCAUGUGGAAAACAAUAUUUAUCUAAUGUAUUUCUUUGUAGGAAGUGGAAACAUUCUGAGUGACAACUUUCAUCCUGGUUGGUUUUUACUGGAAAAGCACGCAGACACUGAGUGAGUGGAAUAAUUAUCAUUUAACAAAUCAGACACAGUGUUCGGUUGUCUUAAUUAACCGUUAAAAUCAUAGAUACCAAGAUGAUAUGUCUGAAACUCAGCUUCAGUUUUAGUUUCAUUUUCUUUUUUGCUAGAAAAUAGACAGUCUCAAAAUGCAUUAAUAAUAAUAAUAAUCAUUACAUUAUUGUUAUUUUUAAUGUUGUUAUAAUUUUUAUUGUUGUAAAUAUGUUGAAUAUAUUGUUAUUAUGUUUCACUUACCCCAAAUUAUUAUUGCUACUCCUACAUUAAGAUUAGAAAAAAAGAGAUCUAUAAAGAAAAAAUCACCGUGCAUGGUGAUUAAAGACAUUGCUCCUCUUUUCAUACAAAUUAUAUGUUAAGCCAUUAAAUCUGCUUGUAUGCAUUAUUCAAUGUAGUAUAUUAUUGCUGUAUAUUUUUCUCUCACCAUCAGAUUUAUUACAUUAAGAGGCGGUCUCAAGUAUCUGAGGCAUGAAGAGUCCAGACGUGCAGCAGAUCCUUUAGUUUUUGUGAAAGAAAAUGUUGCUACUUUUCUAGAUGCUGUUGAUACAUUAAGAAGUAUCCUUAAAUGUAACAAAAUCUGUAUUAAGUGGCUCUCAAAUUUACUUAAAGCUUGUCUUAAUUAAGUGUUGAUUAAACACUGAGGAAAUUAAGAAAAUAUUAAGAAUAAAACACAACAGUGAAAGACAUACAAGGUGCAACUGCACAAGAUGAUUGGGGGGAGUCAUAACAGAUGCAUAGCAAGGAGGACAUAACAAAAGCCAGCUUGUGCUGGCAAAAUUUGACUUCAUUUUACUAGUCUGGAUAUCUUUGGCAAACUAUGAUAAAAAGUUGUUUCUCUAGUUCCUCACUGUAAUACAGCACUUUGCCACAAGAACAAUGUACCUACCUGUCAAUAACGGUUGCAUUUAAACACGAAUGUUCUCUUUUUUGGCCUAUUUUGUGAAAAACUAUGUUCUUAAAUAGUUCCUUGACCUGAUUGUAAGAUGUUCAGCAUGAUAUGCUUCGUGAUGAGAGUAACUGUGAUGGAGGAUCCAUUGUAGAGAAACUUGAGUCCUUUGUUCAAGGUAAAGUUAGUGAGUCCUUUGCCAUUGGAUUAGGCUAUUUUCUUUGGCAAUGUGUUUCAGGUGCAGGUCCCUACUACGUGGCGUGGCAGGAACUUUCUUAACCAAAUAUACUGUUAUUUAUCCUUGUAGUUAUCAAAAGUGAGUUGUAAGUAAGUAAAGCUCAAGCUUAGUUUCUUUAACUGUUCAUUAGCUUCUACGCCACAUUUUUAAUUUGAAGAUUUAGGUAACAAUAUUAUGAUGCUGUUUAAAGUAUCGUACCCAGUUACAGAUCAAAAUGUUAAAAUGAAGACCAGUAUUAUUGAAAAAUUAAUAGAGCUUUGAAAUGCCUUUGGCUUCACUAUGGUUGGUUUUAGUGGCUGGUUCAUGAUAGUUUCUUUAUGGAUCCACGAGGAUUAGUAGUGCAGGCUAUAGUCUCUAGUGGCUGCACAAGAACUAUAGCUCUGAAGUUAUGGUGUGCAAGUUUCAGGAGGUACAGGAAGGAGAUGGUUUCCUCCUCUUUCUCCUCCCCCCCUAGUUUAAUCCCUUUUCUUAAUAUCCGCCUUGCCCUCCCCAAUCUUCAUCUUCUUAAAAACUACACGCUUGAAAUUAACUAAGUGCUAGCGCCCCCCAAAUUUUUCCGAAAACCAAGACCUCCAGCUUGAAGCUAACCGUGACUAUUCCUUAAUGUUUGCUGCAGGUGCAAGCAAAAAUGCUGAGGGUUUGUUUCAAGAUGUACUGGGUCGUAAAGAUGAUGCUGACAGAACUAGGAAUGCACUUAAUGUACUUCAGAGAUUCAGAUUUCUGUUCAGCCUUCCACAGUGCAUUGAGAGGAACAUUCAACUAGUAAAUAUCACAAAUUAUUAUUAAACCAAGAAAACUGCUCGUCUUUUGCAAUAAUAUAUUAGUGUUUGGUUCAGACUGCAUUGAUUGGUGUGGUGCUAUAUUAAGCAUGUAGUAAUUUAAUUUAUUAGUUACAAGCUACAAUAUUCCAGAGAUUAGCACUUGAGUCUGGUGGUUCAUUGCAUAAUUAGCAGAAGUACACUCAAGCUCAGUAAGCCAGUAGAAGGCUUAUACAAGGCUUAGAAAGAUAUUUUCAAAGCUCAUUAAGAAUAUAAUACAAUAUAUAAACCUUAUUGUAUUAUAGUUCCGUGCAAAUUAAUAUAAUAAUUAAUAACAAUCAUUGAAUAAGUAGGAUAGGAAGAAUCAUGCAGAUUGAGGAGGAUGUUUAAUCUACCAAUGCUGAUGGCCGAGGUGGAUAACAUCCUCUGAGAUGAUUUGCAUAAUUCUUCACAUCUUUUGACAGCUGAAUUCAAUAAUGAAAUUGUUAAUUAUUAUUCAUUCAAAAUAUUUUUUAGUUUUUAAUAUGCUUACGUCCAAGUUUGUUUUCAAAAAAUAUUUGGCCUAUACUUCUCGGCAUGGUUUCAGGAUGUAAACAGAUGUUUUAUCUUGUAGAUACUCCUCGAAAAGUAGAUAAAACCCAUUGAGCAAGAUGUUUUGUGUAUUCUUGCAUUACUUCAAUAUCAAAUAUAACAUCAAAUUGAUGGUAUAUUGCUUAAUUAUGGCAAGCGCCUGUUGGUCAAGAAGAAUUAGCUGGGGGAUUAGAGGCAAUCGGAAAUGGCAAAAUAUUAUUAAUGAAUAAAUUGUAUAUCUUGAGACUAAAACAAUGUUGAAACUCCUAAAAUAAGUCACUUUGAAUUUGGCUAUUUUCUUUUUUUUUAUAGUAAAUGAAUCUGGUCUUUACUUAUUUCUUUAGGGUGAAUAUGAGAUGGUAAUUAGUGAUUAUGGAAGGGCCAAGUCAUUAUUUGCAGGAACGGAUAUAAAGAUUUUCAAAAGAGGUGUGGUGAUUGCUAUUGUUUAUGGACCAACAUGUUGUUUAUAGAAUCAUGUAUUUCUUCUCGCUGGAAUUUAUAUAUUCAGAUCUGUCCUUAUGUACUUUUUCCUUUUCUAAUGUACAGUGCUGCAAGAAGUUGAAGCAAAAAUAGAAGGCUUUCGACAGCAUCUUAAAUUAAAACUGAGUGACUUGCCAUCACCAUUAGAAGAUCAGAAGAGACUCAUUAGGUAAUUAUCAUGUAAAAUAAUAAAGUGUGAAAAUUAUCUCACUCUCAUCAGCAGCAUCCAAAGCAACUUUUGGUAAAUUUAUAUAAUUCUUUUAUCAUCCAUUGCAGUCAUGCAAGCAAAAUCAGCUCUUUUCAGUUAGAUUGACAUCCAUGAUUUUUCUGCAGUUUAACAAGAUUUGGUGGUUCACCAUGUUGUAAUGAUAAACACGAAAGCAUACAGAACUCUUCUUUUCAAGAACAACUCAUUGCAAAUUCAUCGUUUGUUGUUGUCCAGUAUAGCUAAGGCUAUGUUUUAGGGGUAAAUAUCCAAGAGAUAGGAUGUCACCAAUCAUGUCUUGGUAUGGUAGUUUAAAGCAGGUUAAGUUAAUCUGUUCGUAUUACUAACUUCAAAUUAUUAUUUUCUAGUUCAUUGUUAAUUAUUUCCCUAAAUUAAUCAGAUAAAAUUAAUGUAAGAAAUACUUUUCAAUUAGAGAACGGUAUUGUGAUUAAACUUUAUCCAAACUGUAUGUAGAUUCAAAAGCUGCAAAAUAGGCUCUUGGCAGUGUAAAACGUGGCUUAGGAAUGACUGGCCUGAUGAUUCCUUAAACAUGUUGCCAUGAUCCAGAUCAUUACUUCACUGCAUGAAAUGAUCAAUAUUUUCUGUGUGUUUUUCAAGAAGACCUUAUAAAGACCUUUAAGUUGAAACUUGCAGUUGAGGGUGGCAUAUUUUGAUAUGUGGAUAUUUGUAACUUAUGGCCAAAUUAACUGUUUUUGUAGUCACUACAAUCUGAGAUGUGGAAUUUGGUUUCAGAUAUCUGGUAGACCUAGACUAUCAGGGGGACCCUGCUUGGGAAUGUCUUGCAAAUCAGAAAGACUGGUUACUCAAAUUACUGAUGAGCUCUCAAGAAGAUCACAAAUCUAAGGGUAUAAACCAUUGUCUUAUGUUUAUCACAUAAUAAAUUAUUCUAUAUCAAGGUCUUGGUGUUCCAUCAUAAAGGGGAGUUUACUGUGUUUUCACUCCCCUUUAGAUUCUGUUCCCAUGCUUCAAGUUGAUUCAGCAAAGGUUGAUUUAGACAUCAGAACAUCAAGAAGUGCCUUGUCUUUAGGUUUGUAACUGAUUUCAAUUCAUAAUGAUACCAAUGAUACGUUUAAGAGACUGUUGUCAUUUAUGUUCCAUUUUGUCUUGUGUUAAUUAAGUCUGAUUUAGGGUUUAAUAAUAACACAUCUUAUUCAUAAUUUAGCAUCCUACCGAGGUGAAUCUCUGGGGAUUCUUGGAGUUUCGUCACCACCAAAUAAGACCUCAUCAGUAGAGUGCAGCAGUAAGUCACCAUAGUUACAGUUUUUUGCUGACUAUGUACAUUGUAUACAAAGGUUGAAAUCUCUGAUAAAUCGAGCGCUAGUUAAUCAGCCACAAGACUUUCUAUAACACAUUUGGUAAAAAUCUAGGCUAGCCUCAAAGUGUGUCGUUUCCAAAUGAAGGGUUUACUAGAAGAGUUGUUCUGUGGCUGGUUUUGAAUUCUUUUAGUACAUCCAAAACGGCACUUACAUAUUUCUCCAAUUAGUUUGAAUAGAUUGAAGCUGCAUUAAAAUGGCCUUUCAUCAUCAUCAUCAUCAUCAUCAUCAUCAUCAUCAUCACCAUCACCACCACCACCACCACCACCACCAUCAUCAUCAUCAUCAUCAUCAUCAUCAUCAUCGUCGCACUGCAUAAUUAGGCUUUUUUCGAAUUGCUCCAAGCCUUUGUUUCAAAGCGAGGUAAAGUGCGAAGCAACAGAUAUAAAAAUGAUUUUUUUAUUCUCAUACAAAGAAAACACAUGUCCACAGGGAUGCAGUUUGUGUCACGCGUGUCAUUUCUUUGUAUCAACAGACCUGUCUUAGUUUGUGCUUUUAAUUUUCUUUUUGUUUCAGUGAAAGGUGUGAGUGCCGUACCACAACGCGUACUGUUUGUAGAAGAACUUUCAGAACUGUUAAUAGAAGGCUUACCGGACUUGUGGAAACUUGGCCAGGCGUAUUUUAACGGCGAUCUUGCAGCUGAUGUAUGUGCUCAAAAAAAGAACUCAUAGAAAAUCCUGUAGAUUUGUGUGAAAGAUCAUUUUUGAUAGGAGGGUCAGAGAAAAGUACGAGCGAGAAUGAAACGUGUAUUUUUUGGUUGUUGUUGUAUUUAUGAUAGCUUGUGGUAAUAGUCACUGUUUGAUGCAUUCUUUAGUCUAGCAGUGGAUCAUCCAAACAACUUAAUGCAACUGAACAAAAGAGGAAAACGUUUGAGGUGGGUUACCUUAAUACAAAGUAUACAAAAACCAUCAGUUAAGCACUUUCUUUUCAGUAGAAACUAAAUGGGCACCAUGUGCAUGACAACUGAGUUUGUUUCGUAUAAUUUGUAUCAUUUACACUGUAGUUUUUGAAAUGAAAACUUUGUUCAUUUUAAGGCGCUUGAUAUUUGAAAUGGCUAGUAGUAAAGGUCAAAUUUUAGCCUUGUGAAUUUGUGGAAAGAUCAUUAACUGGCACAUUAUGUCGUUAGUGACUAUAUGAAUUAUGUCAAGCCGCUUCUCGGAUUUUGGUGGGGUGCCUUUAACCAGAUCCCUUUGUUUUCAGGACAUGAUCGUCGAUGUGGCGUCGUUGUAUGCAGAUUUGAUAAAGGCGGCAUUCUUUCCAAGUUGCCCUGCAGUACUAAGUAUUUCCAGCAAAGAGAAGCAAAGCUCAUCAUGGCAGAGUCCUGCAGAUGGAGUGGGUGCCUGGCUUCCCUCCUGUGUUAGACAUGUCAGGUACAAAGUAGCGCCGGCGAGCCAGAACAGACGAAACAUAAAAACAGUUACAUGUGUCCCAUAUUUAGCUGUCAGCAGUGCUUUAAGUGAAUUAAGUCAUAAGCUACUGAACAGGAUUAAGCGAUAUUGGUAUUUGUAAUUCGCCCUAGGAUGAUUAACUGCUACAGAUAGCUUUGAGACCAGGAAUCACAGAACAGACCGUUAGAAGAUUUUGAUUUUGCCAGUUUUGUCAAUAAGUCGAGACAGAUAGAGAAUUACCUUCUAAGUCAUCAAAAGUUGAUGAAACAGACCAAGAGAUCAGAGAUUUUAAUAUGUUGCAUUUUCGGUACUAGGUCUUGUAUGGAGUCUUUACAGAAGCUGUCUCUACCGCCACAAUCUUUGGAACCAAUCAAGAAGCUUGUCGGUGAUCUCAGACUACUUUGCGCCAAAGAAGUGUUUAAGGAGGCUAUUGAAGGUAAUCUAAACGAAACGAUACGGUGCCAGUUUUCCAUCUCUUGCAGCCUGUGGCUGAAUUGCAGAGGACCUGAGGGCACAAUGCAAGUCAGUUAGACCAUAACUGCGGGGCCUACGUCACCUACUCUUGUCUCGUUUUUUUUUUUCACGUCUCCUUCCGAUUAAUGUAUAAGGAUGAAGAAAACAAAGCGAAAGGCUUAACGUCAUCGCCCUAAUGAUGGGCUCAUGUGAACGGAGACAGGGUUUUAUUCACGGUUAGCCUGGUCUCAUUAGUUUUUGCUCGGGCGUUUCCAUGGGAACGACUCAAGCUAUGAAAUGAGAAGGGUUUUUUUCUUCUGGCACAAGUCGCCCUCCGGCGCCUUCAGCGCGUGCGCAAGAUAUAAGAGUAUGCGUAAAAUAGGUUAGCGUUCUAAACCAGAGCACAUUGCACAUGGCUGACUGAGACACGGUGAGCAAAGGCAUCUGUAUUCGGUGAAAAAAAUUCAGUGACCAUGAGAAUGAAUUAUGUCGUUUGUUAUACGCGAAAACUUUAUACCAAAUGUACACGCUGUUCAUCUCUAGACCUACGGUAAAAGAGGGCGAGCAAACGGUUCAGUUCGUCAACUGGUCAGAAACUGAAUAACUGUUCUGAGUGAAGGUCGGUGAACCUUAUGAAGAAGCCCUCUCGAAGUGGUGAGCUGCCAACGGAAUUUGGACAGAGUGUUGUUUAUAUUUCGAUAUACCUUGGCGGCCUUUGAAGAUUGUGAUUUCUUGGAUGAAGUUUUCUCAUUUGAAUUUUUUUUUAUACGGACGCCCGAGCUCACGCAGUAAAUAUGCGUCUAGUUUCUAUGAAGACCUUUGUUGGUUGGCCGGCCCCUCCCACUCAGCAGACCAGCACUCUUCAAACUGAGAUAUUAAACCGGUGGGGGUUAGUAUUGUGUAGUAGAAUUGUACGAUACGCGCCUUGCGCCCAAACAUGUGGUUUUUAUUGGCACAGUGUCAUGGAAAAGUUUAUUGAAUGGGCGAUGAAAUUGGUAAGUAAAAUCCUGGUUUAUUGUGUUACCACGGCUUUUCAGGCGGCGAGAUGUUCUGUCGUUAAGAAAGCAGACUCUUAGAACAGUUUUCUUGUUGUUUCACCUUGUUGUAUGUGACUGGCAGCAGUCGAGUCAGUCGACAUUUGGAAAGUACUUGUCAGGUUGAUAUAAUAUGUACAUAUAUUUUUUUCAGAUAUCAAGUCCUUGCAUUGUAAUGAGCUAUGGAGUUUGGAAUCGCAGGAAGGCGUUGGUCGAAUCACAAGCUUGGUAGGUAACUCAGAACUGGCUGACAAAGUGAAUAUCGAGUUAGUAAACAAUUAGUCACACAUAAUGCAGGGGGCACGGCUUGCAAGAGGCAUUUGUUAGAACUGGAGCUGCAUGUACUUCUUUCGGGUGAAUUACCUUUCCAUGAAAAUAACUACAGCCGUAUUAAGAAUAAGAUCUUAAACGCCCAUAAAAUUACAAGAAACCAGCUUCUGCUUCAUGCUGCUGCUGUUCCUUAACCUUAGUAGAUCGUUGGGGCUUCAGUGACCGACACAGCCGACAGCCUCAAGAAGUUCUCUCGCACGUCCCCUGUUUCUGCUCUAAGGAAACCAGUGAGCGUCCUACCCUCACUUCCUUGAUAUUCUUGCCCUCUAGGACUCUAGGAUUCAUUUUUUUUUUCAAGGCUGGAUGAACGCGACACACGUCCUAACUAUUUCAAUUUCUACUUCUUUUUGGUAGUAAGCAAGUAAUCAUAUGACUCAAUGAACUUAAAACGUAACUUUGGAGGGGCGAUAAUUCCUCGGUAUAAAUUAAGAGCGUUUCUUCCUGUAUUUUCAGCAUUUUUAACACCCACGAAAAUUGAAUUAAAAUGUGAGUUUUCUUGGUAUCCGCAGUAGUUGACAGUUUCCUUAGCCGUGUUUUUUUGACGUGUCGCUAGAGCUCUUAAUCAUUAUCCAACUACAUGUACUUAUCCUCUACUUUCUAUUCCAGCCGUUGAUGUUUGAGAAUAUUGUCAUGGAAACACUGCAUACGUUGCGAGAAAUGGUCACACAUGGCGCGGAAACGGAAAGGAGAAAGGUAACAGUGCUCACUCACCGGAUGGUUAACUACCUUUUAAACUGAGCUCUUGAAAAGAAAGGGUUUUAGCCCUUCCUUAAAGCCCCUUACUCCCAUAACGUUGUAUUCAAAAUGCUUUUGUUUCGUUUGGCGUAAAAAUAAACGAAAUCUUUCCAUUGUGCGCAAAACGCAUGCCUAUUGAUAAUAAGUACAUGUUCCUCCACAGCCUGGCUGAAACAGGUUGGCUUUUGUAUAUUUUCAAUUUUCCAUAGUCCUGUUCAUCGACGCUCCUCUGGGGUCAUUUAAUAAAACUUUUACACGUGUAGUUCACAAGUUUAGCUAUUGUUUUCAGUUUCUAAAACAAUGGUUACACUUGUAAAUUACAUUGUUAAAGUCUUAUUAUAUUGACAUCCUGGGGUCAAUUUAAUAAAGCUUUUACAAGUGUAAUUUACAAGUGUAACCAUUGUUCUAGGGUCUGAACACAAUAGCUAAACUUGUAAAUUUGACUUGUAAAAGUUUUAUUAAAUUGACCCCUGGAGACAGAGGUAAGGACUUCUUGUUGUAGAACCAACAAGCUUCUACUGACAUUAUUCUAUUACUCAAUGAAUCGUUUGCCUUCCAUUAUGUAGAAUAUUCAAUUGAAGACAAGCGCUGUUGAUCUUUUCAAGGACAUGUUUGAGGUUUGUUGUACAGCAGGGUAGAGUCAGUUCUGUGUGUAUGUUUCUGUGUGAACUGUUUGUGUAAUUUACCUCAGUGACUCCCUGAGUUACCAUCAGUGACAGUAAACUCUAUCUCUUAGACACUCGUAUUGUUAUAAUUUAAACUUCAAAUACAAAUGUGUAUUUUCUUCCUCCACUUAGGCCUUUAUCGAGUGCCUGCAACAUUUAGCCUUUCAACCCGAUCAGGAGUCAGACAAAGUCUCCCUGUAAGAGUUUGUUUUUUCAUAUCAUGCUUGUUUUGUACACUAAUUUGUAUUGGAAUAAAACGUAUUUUCCUUGUUUUUUAUGAUCAAAUGGUUGCUAACAACAACUUUAAUGCAACACCCUAGUCUCCGACUUUGUGUCGGCACCUGGGGACCCUGUAUCUGUUUAUAGAAAAGUUUCAAACUCUACAGGACAUCCACUUUUAUCUAUAAUGCCUCGUGUCAACUCGUCUAGCUAGCUAUCAUCUUAGCAAAGAAACUUGUAAUAAACCUAAGAUUAAUAACUCUGCGUUUUAAACUCUUUUAUUAACCGUUAAGUUUUUAAAUACGAAUUAGUUUUGUAAUUUGUCAGAUUUUAAUUGUUAGUUUUUACCUUUUUAUACUUUUUACUAGAUGUAAAAUUUCUGAAUUAAAUACACUUGUAACAAAAGAUAAGUAUUUUUGUCUUUUGACCGAAUGAAGACUUAAUUAUUACUAUAUUAUUAUACGGAGAUCGGCGUACAUGCACCUGUGCUGGGUUAUGUGUUGAAGUUCUUGUGGUGAUGUGUUUGUUGUGUAAUCAGGUCUGGCCCUCAGGAAAGUAGCUCGAUUGGUUCUCAAGACAACUUGGAGAGGUCAUCGUUAUCGACAAUGGAGGACAGCACUCCUGUUAUUGUAAGUUAAUGGCGCACAUAUGUUAUUAAAAUUUGUUAGCGUCUUUUGUCACACGGAGACAAGAGCAGGCUAUCAACGUCUUCACUUGAGUUCAGACUGUAAACUCCAAAAUUUGGCUCGUAGUCUGAGCACUGUUGCAUUUUUGGUAGCGAUGUAGUGACAGACAGUGAAGGCAUACAUGCAGUAUUAUCAGAAACAACGUACUUUAUUUAGGUGUCAGUGUAUUUAGCACGCAAUACUAACUGAGGACCUGGGUUUUACUAUUUCUACGCGGUCAUCCUUGACAAGCGAAGGUCCAGCUGUUUGCAAGGCAAAGGCAGUACACCCUAUCUCAGUUUUGUUAAGACCCUGGGUAUUGCUCCUUUCUCGGGAAUUGAACCCACGACCUCCCGCUCUCCACACCAACAGGUUACUGACAAAGCUAAACUGACCGCGGUAAAUGCAGAAUUGUGACACUUAUCACACUUUUUUGUGGCCAUCCUCAAACGACUCCGACGUGUUGGUCCAAACUUAUCCAACAAGAGCGCUGAAUCUUUCGUUCCGAUCGUCUCUCCCUAUCUGACCACAGGUUAAGGUUUCUUAUAAGGCCAAAGAAUCAAGGGUUUAAAACCAUGCGUUUGUGUCUCUUGAACCCAGACUAACUCAAUCUAUUGCCAUUGCUAGGAUGAAAGGCUGCUGAUUGUACUAAACAACUGUCGCUAUGUGCGGAACAAUGUUCUCUCCAAGCUAGUUGACUGCUUUAGAAGUAAUGACUACCCUGUCGGUGACAAGCUCAAGAAGGUAACGCACCUAUCAGAACUUGAUUAAUAUGAACUAAAUAAAAAGGUUACUAAACGAUUUCAAGCAUUCAUUCAUGAAUGACUUGGCACUGUGUCAUCAGCAAUUUCAUCUUUUCUUUCAAUUGUUACUCAACGCCUUUAUAUAGGUACAGAAAAAACCAAUGCUGUCUGUUCUAUUGUCUUCAGGAUCUUACAAGUGAGUUAAACGAUUUAGAAGGGAAGAUUUUUGAUGCAUACAUUGAACAGAAAGCCGACCCACUGAUAGCAUAUGUGGAGCCUGGGAUGACGAUAUGCGAUUUUAAAUGGCACAACUGCCUUCCACCAAAAGGUAAACAUUUAUUAGAGGCAAUUUUAUUGUGGUCAGGUAGGUUGUCUUGUACUAAUGAUCCGAUUCUGGCAGUGUUUUCUUGCGUUUUCAGGGAGGUUCUUAUACUUCUCUCUGAGUUUGCGCUACUGAGAUGAAUUUUUUUGUAUCUUAUUGCAGAUGUUCGUAGCUAUGUGAAGGAGGUUCUAAUGAACCUUGUUACUGUGCAUGCGCAGGUAAGUACGAUCAGUGGCUGAUCACGGGGAGGUCAAGCCAGGUCAUAGCAUUCAUACUAAAUAGUGAUAAGCAUUUCCAGCUCUUUAAUUAGCGAACUCAGAAGUAAUAUUUGCAAAAUUUUCGACACGUUAACAUUGGCCCUUAUGGGCUCUUGAGUCUAAGACGUUUUCUUAAAAAUGCCAAUUUCCCUUCAUAAUCGACGACGUAUUUUUGUAAUAAGCGUUAUAUUCAUUCAGUUAUAAACUGCUUUAAUUUCCCUGGUGUUGUUUUGAUAGUUGUUGUUGUUUAUUUUUCACGUUUUCUGACACAGAUGUCACACAAUAUUCGUCCAGGUUUUGUUGACUGCUCGCACAAUACUUUACAUCAAAACAAAUGUAGUCAAACUUUUAUCAGUGAAUGUAAGACUUAAGAGUAGUGACAGUGUGGCCGAGGACAUCCCGGGUUCAAGACCAACUUUGACCACUUGAUAGCGUUGUACCUCGCUAGCCUUUACUGUAACCUAGCAACUACAAAUUGAGCUUUUAACCAGGCUGUCUUAUUUGCUCAGCUCUACUUACCUUCCGUCAUUUUCUUGUGCCUGUAAAAUUAACGGGAGUGAAUAAAGCUUCCUUAUUAUUAACUUAUUUAAUAUUAAGUCGCUGCUGGAUCCGUAGGUUUCAAUUAGGCACCUUAACAUAGACCCUUUCUGCUUACGGAUUCUGGGAUGCCAACAUGUUUGCCGCCGGUAGUUAAAGGCGUUAAUAAUUUACCAGCUGUGGGUGUGGUAUCGGUCUACCUGCAUUUGCGGCCAUGGGUCGGUAAAAUUUCCCCCUACCCGUACACCGAAAUGCUGUAUUUUAGGUCAGGGACAAACGUCGAACUUGGCAGUUAGCAUUAGGCUCGUCUCAUGUGAUUUUUGACGUCUGACUAGGGCCUUACAGGUCUCUAUUAAUACUACUAUUUUGUGGGCAGGUGUUUGCUGUCUCAGAGGAGCUACUGACUCAGGUGCUGUGCCGACUGACUGAUAUGUUAGCAGAUGAGUUUUGCAGACUCGUAUCUGCGGUCAAAACGUUUACUUCAGCUGGUGCUGUCACGGUGCGUUUACAAAAACAUUUUAUUGAUAGCUCCUUUAUUCUCGCACAAGUAGGCUUUGCAGAGAAAAAAUCCUUUAUUGUGGGGUAAGAGGGAUGAGAUGGUAUUCGUUUGCUUCGCUUUGAAAAGGUUCUUUGACAAAGAUCCAAUCACAAGGAUGACCUAAAAACAGGACUUUGUUGUUUCUAAGGCCGUGUUCCGAAGAGUUAUAAGAUACUUGUGGAGUUAAUAUGGAUAUAUCACAAUCGUGGCCGACGCUGGCCCAUCGUUCGGGUCAAUGAAGCAUUCUAGGGAGAACUCGUAUUAAUAUAAUCGUUGUAUUCCUAUUACUAUAUUUGCAGACCAAUCGAAUGUUCUCUAAAUGUUUUGCUCACAGUCCCAUUGUUGUUUUAGGCGCACUUGGAAGCACGAGCUAUACAAGAAGCAUUGGCUGCCUAUCUCACACAACACUCCAGGUACUGCAGCUGUAUUAUUUGGCGAUUUUUAAAGUAGCUUUUGAUAUAUCCUGCUCUUGUCUAAAUAUCCAAUUAACACCUCAACUCCCAUGCGAAACCCCAAAAAGGAAAUAAAAACGAACACCUAUUGCCAUCGCGUUCUCACUGGAGGCCGCACGAGUUUAUUGUAAUCAAGGCGGUAACAAAUAAAGCUCGGUUAACAUUUGUAAAAAAAAACAAGAACAAAAAGGGGAGAACUAACGGGCAUUCAUAGGAUGAAAAAACCUCUCCGUGCUGGCAACAGCAAAGCAAAGGAAACGUUCCGGCCCUAUGAAUAAUCUCCCACGACCUGCGUGGCUCGGUCUUAACAGAUUACUGAAAGGAUUAAAUCCCUAAGGAUCUAGAGACCGCUAAACGCGAUUGAAUACUGUCCUUAACAUAAUCAUCUUUUGCUUUCUCAAUCACCCAACGGCCGUGACGCUUAAAAAGUCUGUCCUGAAUACUAACAUUAGCAGCAGCCGUUGCUCCUCCGGCUCGGAGACUAUGAGUACCAAUGUUAGAAACGUCAGUAAAAUAUCUGGCUCUUACACAGCUAAUCCCUUGGCGUCGGACCUUUUCUUUUCGAGGGCUCGGCUUGUGAUGCUGCCCUGCUCUCUGCGGGUGACAUGUCCGAUCCAUCUCCAUCGCCUUCGCAUAAUGAUGGUCUCCAUGCUCUCUUGGUUGCAGCGGGCGAGAAGUUGUUGGUUCGAGAUAGUCUCAGGCUAGAAAAUACGCAGGAUCCUUCUGAGGUUCUUUGUAUGGAAGGUGGACAACUUGUUCAGGUCACACUCCGUCAUCCUCCAGAAUUUCGAGCCGUACAGUAGAGUGGAAAGCACACAGCUCUGGCACAGUCUUGGUUUGGUCUUGGUGCUGUACUGGGAUGACUUCCAAACGUUGUUCAUCAUUCUACAUGCGUUUCUGGCCUUGCUGAGACGAUUCUUGUUGUCCUUUGCCCGCUCCGCCAUCAUGUCUGACAAUGCUGGCAAGGUAGGUGAACUCCUCGGUUGUUGGAAUGUCUUCUCCGUUCACUUUGACUGGUGCAGGAUGUUGUACAUUCAGCGUCAUGACGUCUGUCUUCCUCUAGCUGAUUUUCAGGCUUACUUGCUGGGCAAAAGUGCUAAGACGGGACGUCUUCUCUUGCAUGUGCUGGUGGGUGUGUGAGACCAGUGCGAGAUCGUCAGCGAAGUCCCGAUCUUCAAGCGUUGACAGGAGGGUCCAUCUGAUGCCACGUGGUUGGUUUUCUGUUGUUCGCCGCAUCACCCAGUCGAUAACGAUGUUGAAAAACAGCGCGGACAUUGAACAGCCUUGCCUGACACCAGUCUUGACUUCAAAACUGGACUUGCUGUUCCCCAUGUGAAGUUGUCGUAGAAGCUGGAUGAAUUGGACAAUCUGCUGUGGGAUCCCGUAUGCCAUGAGGAUGCGCCAAAGACUAUAUCGGUGGACGCUAUCAAAGGCUUUUUCGAAAUCUACAAAGUCGAUGUGCAGCUGUCUCUGUCAUUCUGUGCACUGCUCAAUAAUGUUUUUCAAGGUGAAUACCUGGUCUAUAAAUCCUCUUCGUUUUCGAAAACCCGCUUGCUCGUUUCUCAAUCGCUGAUCUACUUCCUCUGAAAUUCGCUGUCCAGUCUUCUGGUAGCUGUUUUUACUCUCAUAUAGCUGCAAAGAGUGGCUGAAGAACUUGUGCUGCAAACUCCGGAUCUGCCUUAAAUAGCUAUGCGCUAAGGCUGUCCUGACCCGGGGCUUUUCCGUUCUUGAGGGAUCUGAUGGCUGCCAUAAUCUCUUCUUUCUCUGGUGGUGCAGUGUUCAGUUCUAGAUCUUCUCCAGGAUCUUGCACGUCUGCUUCCGUUGGAGGUGGUGGUCUGUUUAGAACUUAACUGAAGUGUUCUGCCCAUCGUCUUGUUCUGCUUCUGUGGUAAGAAGUCACCCUUGCUUGUCCACAAUUGGCGAGUCUGUUGUUCCUCGGUAAUUGCGCUGACUAACUUUGUGAUCUUGUACACCUUUCCUUGCUGUCCUCUGCUGGCUGCCUCUUCUGCCUAACUUGCUAGGCUUUCCAUGUACGCCCGCUUGUCUGCUCUUAUUAUCCUCUUCACUGUUCGGUCAGCUUCCCUGUAUUGUAGCGUGCGUAUCUCUUUCAGCCUCUCCGACUUGGUCUCUUCAGGAUAUGGUGCUGGUCGUCGUCUCUACCGCUGUUCAGCACUGUUUCUCUGGUGUUGGUUCUGCAUCUGCCUGAUCCUGUGCAUCUGCUCUCGCUGAUUCCUAUAAUGUGUAGAUUAUAGUGUCUCUUCUCUUCUGUCACUUGUUCCAGCUUUCCUGUCUCAUACAUGGUUCUCACGUUCCAGAAUCCAAUUCUGGUCUUGGUUUUGGCACUCAAGACUUCAAUCUUCCUGUCAGUGGCCUCCUUCUGGCUUCCCCCAUUGUCGUACAUACGAGUAUCUUCCGAUGAUUCUAGAAGCCCAUCACACCCAGUAGCGUCGAUUUCUUCUGUUGCCGUUUCCGUAACAGGAGUGUUUUUACGGAACAGGAUUGUUAGUCCUGUGUCCAGCCCCAACCUGGAGGACCAGUGGAUCGCGCUUCGUCAGGCCUCUACCGUUCGACCUGUCUCCCGCCAGCAUAGCUCUAGGGAUCACUGAGACACCGACCGCGACAAGGUGGCGAUCCUUCAGUUGCACCACUCCCUAAAUACUCUACCAAGUCCCUUGACACUAAAUACCGACAAGAUAAUGUUUUUUCCACUAAUUUCUUCAAAACCGCGGAAAAAUUGAAUUUAAUGAAGCUAACGUGGAGGGAUUGGCUCUAGUGAUACAGUUCUGGCGAUAUAUCACCAUUUUAUCUCAGUUAUUAAAAUCAGUUUUGUAUCACUUUUGCACUGACGCACAACCACUAGCCCCCUUUAGUAAUCCUGACCGUCGAGAUCAGGCGAAUGGGAUUCGUCGUCAUUUCCGGGGUAACAAUUAUUAUCUGAUAGGGGUUACCUGUCAAGUACUUAACAACUUACAUGUCCAACGAACGAUAAUUAUAACUGUAUUAACAAAGUUCUAUGGCAUUUGUCUGUGUGAUAUUUUAGAGAAAUGUUCCAAGCCACAUUCAGCAAGGUGCCGGCCAUAACAAAGGAUUCUGAUAAAAGGUUAGUGUUUAGAGAAAACUCUUUGGAAAAAAUAUGUACACUUUUAUUUGCACUAAGCCUGCUACACGACUUCACUAGAAGCAAACACGUUUUUUGUUACACCAUUCAGCUCCUUACUUGCUUAGUUAUAGAACCCAGGCGCCUUUUUGUUACCAUGGUUUCAAUUAAAGUAUUACCGUGACUUUAGUGCACUAAGUAACACGAUUUUUUCAUAACUGAUUCCGGAUUAAACAAAGGCUCAGUAAAAUCGUUCGAACGGGACUAAAGGGAUUAUUUAUGUUAGAGGGGCCGUUGCUACACGUUUGUCAGUAUGUUUUACCAAAACAGCUCCUUUUCAGAGAUAGAUUUCAAGUGAAUUAUUGGGGAAGGAAAGAGGUUUUUCUGCGAUUUAUUAACAGCUUGACUUUAGCAGUUCACCUACGUAAGGAUCGUUAUGUACUUCUUCCUUAAAUGAUUAUGCUCUACGAGGUGUGGUUUCUUUUUCCUUAGAGACAGUAGAGCGACCAAAACUGUCUCUCGCGAGGACAGCAGGAGACUCGCAAGCGAGAAAGAUGUAAGAUGGAACUGACUACCAAAAGGACCAGGCGUUUUACUUUUUUGCGUUCUCCUCCCAAUGCUUAAUUCUUAUUAAUUAAUUAAGAUUUCUGUUGUCAACACAUAAAUCGCUCUUGCUUCUCUCAAGGUGGCAAAGUGGGGGUACCUUGCACGCAUCACGCCAAUUUUUUUAAGCUAUCACGGAUCACGGAAAAAAUAACAUAAUGUAGUUAAUUUUUUUUUUAUUUUUCCGUGAUGCGUGAUAGCUUAAAAAAAAUCGGCGUGAUGCGUGAUAAACAAGUAUAUAUUAUCAUUUGAUCUGAGGAAAUCAGAGGUCGAGAAAGGAGAAAAAAGGGCAAAAAGCCGGUGUCAUAACUAUCUAUUUUUAGUGUCUGCUUCUUGUUUCAAAUGAUAUUCACCAGCACAGAAAUUUCAGAGGAAAAAAGCUUGUCACGCGUUGUGAAAAUAGAACUCACGCAUAACGCUGCCAGCCCAAAUCACGCCUUACACGACUCAUUUGGGCCCGAUCACGCAUCACGCUGAUAAUUUGGGUCCCACCACGCGUCACGGAAAACCCCUUUGCCAACCUGUUCACUGAAAAACACGAGUGGUCAUAGUUUACUGUUAUUUCUUGUGAGGCAAUCAAAUACAAGUAUUCAUGUUCUCUUAUUUUCGAGAUAAUGUAUGACAUUGUUACUAUGACUGGAUUGCAGGUUGAUAGAAGCUUUGAUGACAACUUUCAAGCGACGUAUGCGUUUUCAGUUACAGUGCUUCCAAGUGGACAUGGAGGAACUAUAACCCACAUAAAAUCUACACUGAAUUAUGGCGAAACAACAAAAUAUGCAGAUAUUUCUGUCCUUAUUAAAAGCAAAUGAAUUAGAAAUUCAAAAAUAAAAUGCUUACUUGCCAAAAACGACGUCAUAGGGUAGUGACAAAACCGCUUAUCAACUCGUACCUAACGUAACCUUUUCCAAAUAUACAACUUUUAUUUCUUACUGCUUUAUUAUCCGUAGUCAUGGUUGAUUGGAUCUCGGUGCAAAGAAAAAUAGAAACAAAGAAAACGAAAACAGGAGUAAUCACUCCCUACUAAACUACCAACAGAGCACCAUCAUGAUUUAAAGACGUAAAAGAUUGAAACAUUAUGCCUUGAAAUUGAAAUCGGUAGCUGCUUUGUAUUAGUCAGACUGAGUGGCCGUUUGAGGUGGUGAAUUGUUUUCUAGCAUGUUUAAUAUUUGCUUCUUGUUCUGUCCAGGCUUAUCU